UCUCCUCUCGAGCCGUGUGCCUGCGUACAGACGGACCUACCGACCGCGUAAACACGCUUUUAUCUCUCAAUAGACGGACAAUAAGGACACAGAUGUCUCCACGAUUCACUUUAGGAGCGUUUCCGCACUGAACUGAAUUAUCGGGACAUUCAUCACGCCUUCGUUUUCUCACCAUUUUAAAUUUACAAAAAUGACAUUGGCGUGGAAUUGUGGUGGACGGUUUUACUUGAAAGUGUGGACGUGCUUUUUCAGCCUUGCAGUGCUCAGGACUCUAUCUAUACCUGCUAAUGAAGUGAACUUACUGGACUCUCGCUCUGUCAUGGGGGACCUUGGUUGGAUAGCCUACCCAGAGAAUGGGUGGGAGGAGAUAGGUGAGGUAGAUGAGAACUAUGCUCCGAUCCACACGUACCAGGUGUGUAAAGUGAUGGAACACAACCAGAACAAUUGGCUCCAGACCAACCUCAUCCUCAACGAGGGGGCUCAGAGGGUGUUCGUGGAGCUACAGUUCACGCUGAGGGACUGUAACAGCCUCCCGGGUGGCGUGGGUACCUGCAAGGAGACCUUCAACAUGUACUACUAUGAGUCUAACGAUGAGGAGGGGAGGAACCUCAGGGAGAGCCAGUACUCUAAGGUAGACACCAUCGCUGCUGACGAGAGCUUUACGGAGUUAGACCUGGGAGACAGAGUGAUGAAGCUGAAUACAGAGGUUAGGGAUCUGGGACCGUUGACGAAGAAGGGGUUCUACCUGGCGUUUCAAGACCUGGGAGCCUGUAUAGCGCUGGUUUCUGUCAGGGUGUUCUAUAAGAAGUGUCCCUUCAUAGUGAGGAACCUAGCUCAGUUCCAGGACACUAUUACAGGUUCGGACUCCUCCCAGCUGCUGGAGGUGGCAGGAAACUGUGUCAACAACUCGGUGGCGGAGGACGUACCUCGGAUGCACUGCAGCGCAGAGGGGGAGUGGCUAGUGCCCAUCGGGAAGUGUGUGUGCCAGGCGGGGUUUGAGGAAGUGAAUGACAGUUGUCAAGUCUGCAGAGCGGGAUUCUUCCGAUCGGUACUGCAGACCCCUGCCUGCAGUAAAUGUCCUCCUCACAGCUUCACCAGAGUCCAGGGUUCCGUAGGUUGUACCUGUGAGGAAGGAUACUAUAGGAGAGACAGUGACCCGCCCAACAUGGCCUGUACACGUACGUACUACACCUCACUAUGCCUCACCAUUCAUUACAUACUAUGCUGCUACAUACGAUCUACAUACCGUAAAACUUCUCAAAUAUCUGCAUUCAGCUAUAACAGUCACUAUGAGGAGUGUGAGAGCACGGUGCGGUUCCUGCCCCAUCGCAACAGUCUCAGGAACAACUCUGUGAUGGUGGCAGACCUUCUGGCUCACACGAACUACACGUUCGAGGAGGCCGUCAACGGAGUGUCUGAGCUCACCAACCCCCGGACGACAGUUUGUCUUCCUGGAAUCACCACCAACUCCCAGGAGACCAGGCAGUCCAGAGCUUCAGACGACAGUUUCCAGUCCAGAGCUUCAGGCGACGGUCCACAGUCCGGAACCUCCAACGACGGUCCCCAGUCAGAGGCCUCCAGCGACGAGCUGCAGUCUAGAGUCUUCAGCCACAGAAGCUUUGCUGGUCCAAUCAGAGGGCUGACCCCGUCUCCUGUGAGUGUGGUUCGGAAAGGGAAUUCUGGGAAGAACAGUAUCUCUGUGUCGUGGCAGGAGCCAGAUAGACCCAACGGGAUAAUCCUGGAGUACGAGAUCAAAUACUUUGAGAAGGACCAGGAAACCAGCUACACCAUCAUCAAGUGCAAGGAAACAGAAAUCGUAGCUGACGGGCUGAAGCCAUCAUCAUUCUACAUAUUCCAGAUCAGAGCCAGAACAUCAGCCGGGUACGGAGGAUUCAGCCGACGCUUCGAGUUUGAGACCAGCCCCUACUUAGCUGCAUCCAGUGACCGGUCUCAGUUCCCCAUCGUCGCUGUGGCCAUCACUGUAGGGGUUAUUCUACUGGCCCUGGUGACGGGCUUACUGCUUAGUGGAAGGCGGUGUGGCUACAGCAAGGCCAAGCAGGAACCUGAUGAAGAGAAGAUACACUUCCACAACGGCCACAUUAUGUACCCGGGGGUGCGUACGUAUAUAGACCCCCACACCUACGAGGACCCCAACCAGGCCGUCCAUGAGUUCGCCAAGGAGAUCGAUGUUUCCUGCAUCACCAUUGAGAGAGUCAUUGGAGCUGGUGAGUUCGGGGAGGUGUGCAGCGGACCCCUCCGUCUGCCUGGUAAGGAGUUCCCAGUAGCCAUUAAGACCCUGAAGGCAGGUUACACAGAACGACAACGGCGGGACUUCCUAGGGGAGGCGUCCAUCAUGGGACAGUUUGAUCAUCCAAACAUCAUCCAUCUGGAAGGCGUGGUCACCAAGACAAAACCUGUGAUGAUCAUCACCGAGUACAUGGAGAAUGGAUCACUAGACACCUUCCUCAAGAAGAACGAUGGCCAGUUCACAGUGAUCCAGCUGGUUGGUAUGCUGCGUGGUAUGGCGUCAGGCAUGCGCUACCUGUGUGACAUUGGAUAUGUGCACCGGGACCUGGCGGCGCGUAACAUCCUGGUCAACAGCAACCUGGUGUGUAAGGUGUCUGACUUUGGCCUGUCCAGAGUCCUGGAGGAUGAUGCCGAGGCUGCAUAUACGACCAGGCUCUCCCUCCAGGUUAUUAAGGCAGUUGAGGAGAGCUACCGUCUUCCUGGCCCUAUGGACUGUCCUGUAGUUCUGUACCACCUGAUGAUGGCCUGCUGGCAGAAGGACAGGAACAGCAGACCCAAGUUUGAGGAGAUCGUCUGUCUGCUCGACAAACUGAUACGCAACCCCAGCAGUCUCAAAGCCCUGGUGAACUCAUCACACAGGGUGUCUAAUCUAGUGGAGCCUGGCAGUGUGGACUCGGAGGGCAGCGUGUCUGCGUCAGUAGCCCUGAUGGAGGCCAGUGGGUACCAGUCUAUAGAGGAGUGGCUGAAGGGGAUCAAGAUGGGUCGCUACGUGGAGCUUUUCGUGGACAGUGGAUACACCUCAGUGGAAGUGGUCUCCCACAUGACCCUGGAUGACCUGAGGAGGGUUGGAGUGAAUCUGGCUGGACAUCAGAAGAAGAUAAUCAACAGCAUCCAGGAGAUGAGAGUUAGCCUGGUGAAUAAUACUAUACCCAUCUGACCUCUAACCCCUUACCCUACAGCCAGAUGAACGGUAUGGGCACUGCAGUACCAAUCUGACCUUUGAACCUAGGGUCAGCCAUGAUGAACUUUACAGGACCAAUCUGACCACUGAUAGAGGCCAGAUGUAUGACCUUUACAGGACCAAUCUGACCCUACUCCCACCAGGCAGAUAGAUAGACCUAUGGAUCUAGUGGUCUAGAACUUUCUAUGAACAUAUGAACAUGAUGUAUUUAUUGACGGAAACAAACUGAAACACAACGUGAUGUGACUUGAUGAACUGAGGAACACUGAAGAGCGCUUGGUGUUGAACAGUUGUGUCUUUGUGACCUGAACCCCUCUACUGGGUGGAGUGAGAGGAGCAGACUCUGUGUAGUUAAGUACUCUCAGGGAUGGAAGUCACUGGCCAGCCGGGCAAGUAAACAGUGAAUUAUACAAGCCCGGGUAAAAUUCAGUUCCAAAAUCUGUGCCAUGUUUUACAAGACCAUCUUGUUUGGCACAUUUUCUCCUAGUCCAGUCUGAAGAGCGCUAGCUGAGUACUCUUCCUGGAUGGGACUCAGACAUGGGAGUCAGUCUCUUGGCUGAAUGUAUGGCACUUCAGAAACCCCAGCAGCUACACACACAGCCUCUAGGCAGCCAACCCACAUUACUUCAACAUCAUCAACAGUAAUACAGAGGAUCACUUUCAGCACCUCUACGGAACCCACAGAUAUCCUACUGAACCCACAGAUAUCCUACUGAACCCACAGAUAUCCUACUGAACCCACAGAUAUCCUACUGAACCCACAGAUAUCCUACUGAACCCACGGACAUCCUACGGAACCAACAGAUGUCAUACUGAACCCACAGAUAUCCUACUGAACCCAUAUACAUCCUACUGAACCCACAGAUAUCCUACUGAACCCACAGAUAUCCUACUGAACCCAUAUACAUCCUACUGAACCCACAGAUAUCCUACUGAACCCACAGAUAUCCUACUGAACCCAUAUACAUCCUACUGAACCCAUAUACAUCCUACUGAACCCAUAUACAUCCUACUGAACCCAUAUACAUCCUACUGAACCCAUAUACAUCCUACUGAACCCAUAUACAUCCUACUGAACCCACAGAUAUCCUACGGAACCAACAGAUGUCCUACGGAACCCACAGAUAUCCUACUGAACCCAUAUACAUCCUACUGAACCCACGGACAUCCUACUGAACCCAUAUACAUCCUACUGAACCAACAGAUGUCCUACGGAACCCACAGAUAUCCUACUGAACCCACAGAUAUCCUACUGAACCCAUAUACAUCCUACUGAACCCACGGACAUCCUACGGAACCAACAGAUGUCCUACGGAACCCACAGAUAUCCUACUGAACCCACAGAUAUCCUACUGAAACCAUAUACAUCCUACUGAACCCACAGAUAUCCUACUGAACCCACAGAUAUCCUACGGAACCAACAGAUGUCCUACUGAACCCAUAUACAUCCUACUGAACCCACGGACAUCCUACUGAACCCAUAUACAUCCUACUGAACCCACGGACAUCCUACGGAACCAACAGAUGUCCUACGGAACCCACAGAUAUCCUACUGAACCCACAGAUAUCCUACUGAACCCAUAUACAUCCUACUGAACCCACGGACAUCCUACGGAACCCACAGAUAUCCUACUGAACCCACAGAUAUCCUACUGAACCCACAGAUAUCCUACUGAACCCAUAUACAUCCUACUGAACCCACGGACAUCCUACGGAACCAACAGAUGUCCUACGGAACCCACAGAUAUCCUACUGAACCCACAGAUAUCCUACUGAACCCAUAUACAUCCUACUGAACCCACAGACAUCCUACUGAACCCACAGAUAUCCUACUGAACCCAUAUACAUCCUACUGAACCCACGGACAUCCUACGGAACCAACAGAUGUCCUACGGAAACCCACAGAUGUCCUACUGAACCCACAGAUAUCCUACUGAACCCACAGAUAUCCUACUGAACCCACAGAUAUUCUACUGAACCCAUAUACAUCCUACUGAACCCACGGACAUCCUACGGAACCCACAUAUGUCCUACUGACAUCCUGCAGUAUCUACAAACAUCCUUAAGAACUUUCAGACAAACUACGGAACCAGCCGCACUCCAACAGAAAAACGUCUGUUUCAACGUCAUCAGACAGAAUUGUACAGAACUUCCAGGGUUCCAUAGCUCCACAUGCAUCCAAUAGAGAGACUGCAACAUGUUCUAUUCAUCAGAACCUUCAGACAACCAACAGAACCUCCAGGAACCUACCAGAACAUCCAUACUUCCAACAGAACUUCCAACAGAACCUUUAAAUGGAACUCUCAGCAAUCCAUACGAAUCUCCAGAACUGUCAUUCAACAGAACCUACCAAUAGAACCAAUCCAGCAGAUUCUACAACAUCUAACAGCACAUUCUAUUGAUUCUCUAGUUGGUUAUCUAUGAGACUCUCCUCUGCACAUCAAGCUUCAUCACACCCCCCUCCGUUUAUCCACUACCAUACAGAGAUCGGACUGUGUUUGUGCUACCAUACAGAGAUCGGACUGUGUUUGUGCUACCAUACAGAGAUCGGACUGUGGUUAUGCAGUAAGACAGGUUUCAUACUAAUAUGUAUUAUUUUGGUGGGGAACUCCUGAGUAUAAAGAAGCAAUAUAGACUUUUAGCUUGGUAUUAGUCAUUUAUUUGUAAAUGUUAUUCUAUACAAGCAUUUGUACGUGUGUAGUAUUUCUUCAUGACUACACAACCCUGGCCAUGACCCCACUCUCCGAUGGUGUCUCAGGGGGAGUGGGAUAUGCAAAAACACAUUUGCAAUUCACACGUGUAUAAUACACACGGGUACAUGUGUGAAACAGGACAAAUGUAAUCACCCAGCUAAUUCUUCUUCUUCGUGUUGUACAUGUUACAUACUGGGACUGGGUUAAUGUGGAGAAUAUGUACACUCUCAGAAAAAAGGGUUCUUUGGCUGUCCCCAUAAGAGAACCCUUUGAAAACCCCUUUUGUGUUCCAUGUAGAACCCUGUGUGUAAAGGGAACCACAUAGGGGUUUUCCUAUAAGGACAGCUGAAGAACCGAGAGUAUGAUUUAAUAGAUUUAGUGGUUGAACUUGAGCAUUUUACAGUCAUGUGCACAUAACUUCUGCUUAAUGAUCAAUGAUUACUCUAUCUGCGUUCAUUAUGGGAUGUAUUUUCAUUUGUAUUUAUUUAACUUGGCAAGUCAGUUAACAACAUAUACUUAUUUACAAUGACGGCCUAGGAACAGUGGGUUAACUGCCUUGUUUAGGGGUAGAACGACAGAUUUUUACCUUGUGAGCUCGGGUGAAUCGAUCUUGCAACCUUUCAGUUACUGGCCCAACCCUCGAACCACUAGGCUACCCUUCGCCCCCCGACUACCUGUCACACCCCGGCUA